ACAGCGACGGUUCGGUAUCGCAGUUAAACGACGAAAAAUCAAGUAAAAAUCCAAAUAGCAAAUAUCAAGUAGAAAAACUUGGCGAAGGUGCAACGAAAACGGUGAAACAAGUUUUUUAUUUCGCUACUAUAUAACAAUACAACAGCAGCAACUUGACUUAUUCGAAUAUAAGAAUUAUAUAUGUACAUAAAGCCAAUAGGUACGACAAAGUACGUGAAAAUAAUUUUGCGACAAAGUAAUUUUACUUUAAGGAAAAGUGCAUAAAUAAACGUGUUUCACGAAAAAAUAACUGAAAAAAUAGCUAGAAAUUAUUGCAAUUUCUGCAAAUUGAAGUGAUCGCCGAAGUAUAUUUGAGUUUAAAUCAAAACACUGAAUCUGAGAAAUAAAAUAUUAACUAAGUGAAAAAAGUUAAACUCUUCUAUAUACAAAAAAUUAUCCGUCAGUGAAGUGACUUUGUGUGCGAGUGACGCCAUUAUUUGUUGUUACAUUUGUGUCUGCGUACUUGAAUAAGGCACUGGGUGAAAACAAAUACAGCAGAGAACCAGUUAAAACAACCACGCAGAUUGCAGGAAGGAAUACUUGUUAAAAGAACAAAUUUUGUUGAAACAUUGAAAGAGCUUCUCUAUAGAAAAGCAAAACGCUAGUAAAAAUUAGAGCGUGAACUGGACAGUCACCACUAUCUCUUUCAACGCUUACGCACACACAUAAAUCUACAUAUAAGCAUUACGCGCCGAGCUGGCAGUUCAUGCGCCAGCAGUUACGGUAGCCGCGAACGUAGCAAACGUAAAUAAAUGCAAUGCGCGUGUAGCGUAAAUUAUUAUUAUGAUAAUAAAUUAAACUUGCCAUUAAUUUAGAAGCGAACGAAGAAGCUGCCAAAGAGAUAGAAUCGCAAAAGCGGCGGCGCAAGCAAGCCAGCAAGCAGGAAACGUAAACGUAGUGGAAAGAAGUAGCCAAACAGCAUAAAGCGUAACAAGCGAAUAAAGUCGUACAACAACAACAAUAUAAUAAUAAUAAAAUUACAACAACAAACAAACGCACAGCGCAUAACAAAGCAACGCAUUGCACGUAGCAUGCGUUGCACGCACACACACACAGAGACACGCGCUGAAUUGUAAUUGCAAACUGAGUUAAAAUAAAAUGGAAGUAGCAACAACAAAUACGCAUCAUCACAACCAUCAUCAUCAUCAUCAGCAGCAUCAACAUCUCGGCCAUCAACUACAUCAUCCAGCGCAUCGCUUGCCAAUGGCCAAAGCGCAACCACAACAACAACAGAACAGCCUCAUAGUGAGCAGCGCUUUGAGCGCCGCCAGCGACAGCGCGACGCGCAAUGGCAAUAGCGGUGGCUCGCCGCGCUCGCCGUUCCAGCGCGAGGUGCGCGAAUGGCAGCGCAUCGAUCCAGAUACGGGCGCUUUGCUGAGCGGCCGUUUAGAGGCCGAUCGUUGGAUUAAUGGGCCGUUGAAUAGUUACGGAAAGAUAUCCGAUUCCCAAAACAUCUCACAGCCGAAUGGCACUCAACACACACAGCGCAAACAGCUCGAAGUGCUGCAGAAGCGCACCGCUAACGGUGCCGUACAAGUUAUACGCGCACAAACCGUACAAACAUCCUCAUCCCGCUCAUGGUCCUCGUCCAAUUCCAAUUCCGCCUCGACAUCUGCCUCCGCCUCCGCCUCAGCAUCGCCCAUUUGCAUGCAAACUAAUGCUAUUGGCGGUCGUAGCAUAUUGCACAAUCACAACAACAGCACAAAUAAUCACACCAACAACAACAACAGCAUUAAUAGCAGCAGCAAACAUUUUCAUAGCACAUUGCAACAGCAUUUAGCUGAGGCAAACACUCAUUGGCUGCAACUAUCGCCGCCAACGAUUGCCGCCACUGUGGACAUCAGCGAAGUCAGCACGGAUGAUGAUCUCGAUAAGGCAGCUGCAACAAUUGCCGAAACACAGUACAUUGUUGACGAUGGCGAGAUCGAUGAUGACGCUGCCGGUGAUGGCAAUGGCGAUAGCGUUGGUGGUGGUGGUGGUGGUGGCGUUGACGUCGACGCUGUGCCAUGCAAUUAUUCAAUUAGUCGCAGUGGCAGCGCGGGCAGUGGUAGCGGCGGCAGCAAAGGUCACGCUCUGUCAUCAUCGGCCGCAUCGUCGUCAUCCACAUUGCAUUCGCAGUCGUCAGGGUUGCUGGUGCCCGAUACGGCGCCAAGCUUGAAAUUGAGUAAUCUCAUGAAAAGCAGCAGCGGCGGCAGCAGCAGCAGCAACAACUCCACAAAACUGAACACCCACAAGAGUGCGGUCGGUAAGGUGAGCCUACAUGCAAUUGUUGGCGGCGGUGGUGGCGGUGCUGCUGUCGGCGAUAGCAACAAUAACAACAAAACCAACAACAGCGGUCGCGUCAACAAUGACUUAACAGAGUCACCAAAAAGCACAGCAACAACAACGAAAAGUUCAAGCGAAGCAUUGAGUGGUACAAAAACGUGGCAGUCACAGCCGCAGCCGCAGCAGCAGCGUAGUAACGCUCGUCAUUUGGAACAAGCUACUCUAUAUGGCCAAAACAGCAAUUCAUCCAAAACGCGUGUAGGCGUCGCUGAUUGCGAUGAUUGUUAUGCGGUUGUGGCUGACGCAGAUGAGCCGCAGCCGCGCUACCACCAACACCACCUUCAAACGCAGCAGCAGCUACGUAGACAACAACAGCAAAGCGGUGGUUUGCUAAGUGAAACGGCAACACCAACGCGUCGACGUGACUUGGAAAGUUUCCGGCUUUACGGUGACUCGACCGCAGCGUCGGCAAUAAGCGCGUCAGCGACGGCAGGCGCGGCAACGGCGGAUGACAACGCCAAAGCCGAUGAUUUACGCUUAUCCACGCGUCAGUUGCGUCGUCAGCAGCAACCAUUUGGUCAGCUGUCCAGCAACGCCUUGCUACAACGUUCCCAUUCCAUUUCUACGGACGACCUCAGCAACGAGUGGGAGACCAACGAAGCGGUCGCCGAGUCGAAUGAGUGGCGACGUGUCAGCAAGUUGCGACGCUCCUUUCAAUCAUCCUCUACACCGAACAACGGCGCCAAUAGUAACAAAGAUUCAGCUGCACAAGAGCCGACGAGCUCUAUACGCCGUCCCUACGAUCUACCCGCCAGUACGGUGAGCGUUUCACGUAUACGCGCCGAACUCGAAAGCGGACGACGUUUAACAACAGCUAUGCGUAAUAAUCAUGUGGAUCUGGCGGCACUAGAGAGUAUAUUGCAUGGACCGGAAAAAUCGACAGACGCCAGUAAACGCAAUACGCUGCUUACCGCCGAGUCAUUGAAAGAGAUACGUGGACGUCUAAAGAAAUUAUCGGAUGAGUCAUUGUAUAAGGACGACUUUAUAGCAUAUCAACAACCGCCGUCAGCCGAUGAACACAUUGAAGUGCAACAGAGCGUGCGUCGCAAGUUGUCCACACCACGUUUGCGUCAAUUGACGCCGGAAGAGUCGCUCGAGAUUUCAACGCCAACACAGCAACCGUCGUCGGCCUUCAAAGUUGUGGGCGCAACGCACAAAGCAAACGACAACAACGAAACUUUAAAAAACUUAAACCAAAAACACACCUCAAACAGUUUGGAGUCUCGUCAAAAGGCUACCAGAGAUACCAGUUCCACAGAGUGGCAUUCGCGUCGCAAAUCGUAUGGUUUCGAGAAGAUGUCGCCACCGGACAGCAAGACCAUGUAUCGCAUGGACGCAUCCACUGAUAGCGGACUUGGGCGUUCCGGCGAACUGGGCAAUUGGUCACCCACGGAAGCAGCAGCGUCCACAGCAGCACGCGCCACAGUCAUACACUUCGGUGAACCCGCCAAAACAGUCACGUCAGCACAUUAUCGCGCUGGUAAGUCGCCGGUGCGUCGCACACCAGACGAGGAUUUGCUCAAACGUCACUCGAUCGCUGUCGAUGAGAGUCAAUAUGUGCGCGAUAACUUGCGUAAAACCUCACAGGUGCAUUUGAAUGGUUUCUACGAGCCCGCUGAGCCGGCUGCCAAAACCACACUGCAGCUAAGUCGUUUUGAAGACAAUGUUGCGGAGUGCAAUCAAGGUUUGAGCACCGGCUCCACACUCUUCCAGCGCACACAGAAUGCACAGAAACGUGUCGAAUUUUGCAAAACCGAGGUACAUUUCGCCGCCGAAUCGGGACGUGUCAAUAUCGUCGAAACCGAUGGUAAACCGCCACCAACCAAUAAUUUCCGCCGGCGUCGUCGCACCACAAGUGGCCCACUACAAACGCUUACCAAAACCGCCAGCACAGCGGCGACAACUACAACAGCAGUGAGCACAGCAGCAGCCACAGCCACAACCGCUAGUAAUGUUACACAUUUCGGUGAUGAUCAUCAGCAGCGGCAUCGUACAAUUGCCACAUCGGUGGUGGCGUAUAAAGCAUCACUAAUGGAACCACCAACUGUGCUCAAUGACGCACAAGCGAUGCCGGCCACAACUAGUGUAACAGUAUCGGUGCAAAAGCUAAGCGAUUCGCAGCACGCGGAGGGUUCGCGUGGCAGCUACGCCUCAACCACCAGUGGUGUGGAUACGACCGACAAUGAAAAUGACGAAAUCGCCGCUAUACGUGGCAUACUCAAGAAUAAACCGAUAAAACCGAAACCUUAUCAUUUGGGUGAGAACAUCGACAGCGCAGAUGCCUUGUGGGGUAUACAGCUGAAGCCUGUGUCAGGUGGCGGUAGCAGCGCCGUCGGCGUACGCGAAAAAGAAGACUCACCCACUGCUGCGCUAAAUAAAUCCGUUGCGGAGCGCGUACGCAUUGUGGAGAAACGUCACGAGCAUAGCGCUCCCAAUGGCUACUCUACAAAGAUCAAUUUGAGUCUGGACGAGCCAGCAGCGGUACGCGAUUGGCCCAGCGCAGGUGCUCCCAAGCUAAUGACAAACACUGACAGCCAAUCCAUAACCAACAACACAAAUCGACGUCCCAGCGCACAAGAGCUCAUACUACAAGAUCUGCGCGAACAUCAACGCAUGCUCGACGAGGGACUCAAGUCCACAUCGCUCAUCAUCAAAACAAUGCGUUCGGCAAAUGAGUUUGACGAAGCUAUGCGACGCUUAAGCAUCGCUUCAAUGGAGUCGACUACAAUGCCACCAAUUGUUGUGCCCACACCAAUGUUGCGUUCGAAUAGCUAUCAAGAGACUGUACGUCGUUAUUCCAACACCUCCUUGGAGAGCACAGAACGCGAGUUAACUACACAAACCGUAGUUAAUACGAGUAGUAGUGCUGCGUCAUUAGCAGCGGCCACAAUUAGUCGUAGAUUGUCGUUCGAAAGUCAAAGUGCCUUCGUGACACCGUUAAGUCUGCCACCUGCACCGCUAGUGGCACCACGACUGAAACUGCUCGGCAGCACUGAGGUAACUGUAAGUCAGCAACUGUCACAGUUACGACGCAUGUAUGAUAUUGCAACACAAAAUGCAAACGAUGAAGAUACCGCGGACAGCGCAGACGAAGAGGUAAAGAGCUACUUUUGUCCGCGUGAGCAGACGGAACAAAGCGAUAGUGGUGGCGGUACAUUGGAGAGUUCGUCGCAGGAAGAUGAGCGGGCUGUUGAAUACUCUAGCGGUAGUUGGAGUCGCAUGAAGGCGAAGCGCACGAUUUGGAAAAUUGAGGCGGAAGAACGCAAAGCGGUGCCAGCCGUGUUGGAUAAAGCAGAUCUACCUAAAUCCAAUAUCAUGAGCAUAGAACUACAUUCACCCCAAACCUCGUUGGAUAAACGGGAUUCUUUCAAACGCAACCAAACGCCGCCGGUGGCCAAACCAAGAACUGUGAGCAAUGCAGUCAGUGCCAACGAGCAUCCACAGAUACACGUGGCCACAACCGUUAAGCAAACAGCUGAUCGUUUCACUACAGCCGAACAGCAACGCGAGUCGCUGAAAAUUGUCAAAGAAGCACGUGGUGCACGUAAAUUACGCGAACAUGAACUCUCAUACUUUGGCGUGCCGCACGCCCAUAAACACGACGACAACGAAACCAAACCGAAACUGCUGCCGAAUGGCAACUCAAAUACGAUGAGUAUGUCAAAGCGUACGCUACCGUCACGUCAACGUUUAACUGUUAUUGGUAACGAUGAUACGAAAUCGAUGCGCCGACAUGAAGCUAAUCAUACAGAUAGAACAACGACAAAUACAGUUAGUGAAACAACAGAUGCUCAAACGAAAGCACAAACGGCCACAAAAUGGCAACUGUUGAAUGACAAACCCGAUCUAUUACGACACAGUCCGAUUGCUGUGGAACCACAAUUGACACGACGUACAGCAGAUGUGCAGCAACGUGAACGUAAUAGCACAUCCGUGGAACGUAACAAACGUAUGAGCACGAAAGAGUUGCAUUUAGAGGAUGAGCUCAAUGAUGUUAAUGAAGCUGAUGAUCCCGAUGAACAUUUUUAUGAGAAUAUAACGAAUGAAAUAACACCCGUCUUCAAGGUGAAAUCACCACAACCGUACGAUCGGAAAAUGGAUGUGGAACGAGACGCAUAUAUAUUGAACGAGAUGAAUGAGAAUGCCGAUCUGACUAUGAAGGCGCUCUCCGAUGAGGCCGCCCAUAAAGAUCGACGACGACGACGAUCUUCGCUCCAUAGACGCGACUCCAAACCACUCGAAACCAUCGAAGAGAAAAUGCACACACAAAAAACCAGCGACUCAUUUAUUGCUGUGAAAAUGUCACGUGGCACCUUAGCCUCCGAAGCAAAGCGUCACGCACGUAACGAUAAAAACACACGAGUACGUACUUCAUCACAAUCGUCGGUAGAAAGUUGUCCACGUGCACGUUCACGUUCACUCUCCAGCGAACGUGAGUACGAAAACAUACGUACACCGAAAACGACACGUACACCCUCCAGCGCCGCAACGAAAACACAAUCGAAGACUACUAGCAAACAGCAACAUCGCUCCAGUUCACGCGAGUCGCAACGCUCUGCGCGCUUGCCAUAUUCAUCGGGCGAUGAGGUAAAUCCACGCGAGGAACAACGCGUGCGCAUGAAGAGUAAACGUAGCAGCAAUACAACGAGCGGCACAACGGGUCGUGGUAGUGCUGAACGACGCAGCAGCAAUAGUACUAAAAAGGAUACGGAAAAGCACGGUCAUCACUCAACAACAACAAGCAGCAGAGAUGUUGAGCAGCGACGGCGCGCGGCCAGCAGCACUACGCAUGCCUCUCAGCGAGAGGAACGCGCUGAGUGCGUGACUGUGCCGCCACAACAGCGCACCGCUAGCAGUGGACGCAGCAGCAGCAGCAAGCGCCGUGACGAUCAUGCGACAAGCAACACCGCCACCAGCGGUAGCAGCAGCGGACGUCACUCCAGCUCACGUACAGCCACGGAGAAAUCACGCAGCAGCGCUAACGCCGGUGUGCGUCUGUUGCGUUCGUUACGCGUCGGACGCAGCACAGAUGAUGCGAAAGUGUCGAGCACGGAGCAUCGCGCGUCAGGACAUCGUUCGACCAGCGAGCGUGAGCGUGAGAAGGCACAUGAGAAAGAGCGCGAAAAGGAGUCGCAGUCCAAAUCGCGAGGUCACUCAACGAGCAAAACCCAGCACCACAGCAGCAGUAGUGAGCACCACCAACGUGUUGCGGACACUAACACACACCAUUUAGCCGCACAUAGCGGUAGUAUGUCCAGUAAAACACGCGAACACAAGAAAUCAGCUUUAACUGCCGUUGAGAAGCAGCACGAACGAGCCACAACACCAACACAUAGUAAAAGCUCGCAAGUUAUAAAUGGACGACAUACUGGACAGCAUGAUGGCCACCGCAAACACAACGAUCAGCGACGAGUAUUACACACACGACCACAACAAAAUGAGACGACGUCAACGACGACGACGCAUAGAAAGCGUAGCGAGCACAGCGCAAGGGAACGCAAAUGAAGCGAAAAAAAUAA